AUGGGCGAUCAGCUGUCUUCAUGGUUCUCCGAGAGACUUGGCUUCGAGACUCGGCUCGCCUACAUAGGCCAUGGCUCUCGGCCCGUUCUCGGCUCCAUGGCACCUCACAGCAAGAUAGGACUGAGAAAGGCAAGACUUCUGAAACGCCUCCAGUCCUUCGUUCCGUUCCUCUCUUUUCCGGAAGAGCGUCUCGUCUUUAACGACAUCGCCCACUAUCUCGUGGUCACCGAAGAGUCGAACAACCAUCUGUCGUCACGGCUGGAGGGAGGAUGCACGAUGGACGUCACGAAGUUUCGACCGAACAUAGUUGUAAAGGGAGCUUCUGGUCCUUUUGUAGAGGACUUCUGGGGCGAGCUGACAUUUGACGGAGGGAUCCAGAUGCCCCUGACUGCAAACUGCUACAGGUGUCAGAGCAUCACAGUCGACUUCGAUACUGGGAAGACGGCAACAGACGACCGCGGCAUGGCGUGGAAAAAGCUCAAUAAGGAUCGAAGAGUUGACAAGGGCGCAAAGUACAGUCCUGUGUUCGGACGCUAUGGCUAUUGCUUUGGGUCCUCGGUUGGAAAGUCCUUGCGCGUUGGCGAAAGAGCCACGCCGUGGUCAUUGGCUGGGAAGACUGCGAUUAUCACGGGAGGCUCUCGCGGAAUCGGACGAGGAAUCGCAAUCCACUUUGCGCGAAAGGGUGCCUCAAACAUCGCCAUCACUUACGUUGCGAACAAGACGGCGGCAGAGGAGACCCUCAAAGCUUGUCGCGAACUUGGGGCUCAGCGAACCUGCAUGAUUCAAGCGGAUAUGGUCGAACAUGGCGUCGGUCAGAGGGUCAUCAAUGAAGCACUCAGUGGGCUAGACACGAAGACUAUCGACAUUCUCGUCAACAACGCCAUCCUUGGAAACUCCGACAAGGUGAAGUCUGUGGUCGACACGACGCCAGAAGACUUCAAUGAAAUGAUGCACGCCAACGUGUUCGCGCCAGUUGCUCUCACGGUCGCUUUCUUGCCUCAUGCGCCGGCAUAUGGCGGGCGGGUCAUCAACAUCUCCAGCAUCGCCGCCAAGCAGGGAAACCGGGAUCCGAUCAUGACUUACGGUGCCAGCAAAGCUGCUCUGGAGAGCUUCACAAGAUCUUUCGCUGACCAGUACUCCGCGGAGAAAGGUAUGACCUUCAACAGUGUUGGCGUUGGACCGACGGCUACAGACGCGCUUGAGAGGGCUAAAGGGUCCUUCCCUUCGGAUUUUCUCAUGAAGCAAAUCCAGGAUUCGAUUUGUGGUAGAGUGGGCGAGCCAGAGGAUAUCGCGUACAUCGUGGGUUUCUUGGCUAGCGAGGAGGGCAGAUGGGUAAACGGGGCUGCUGUUAGUGCUAAUGGAGGACACCGAAGUGUGCUGGCGGCUUUCGGUUAA